GAGUUGCAAAUAAUAUUCAGAUUAUCAUCAAUGAACAAACUAACCAUUUUUAUUUAUUGUUGACCGAUGACAGAGAGAGAAAAAAAAAAAACAUUUCACGCAGACCGGACUUUUGUUGUUUGGGGUAGUAGCAGACAUUUUUUCUUUUUCAUCAAGGAACAUAUUCUUGAAAACGCGCCAUUAUAACUGUUAAUUUCUUCGAUGCGAUCCACUGUCAAGGCCGAUUUGUUGUUCGCUCCAGUCACUACCUAAAAUCGCAGAAUCAGAUCUCAAAUUCUUCAGGAAAAAGGUUAUUAUGGUGCUUCCGCUGUUGAAGCUCGGAACAUUAGCCGUUAAAACGCUAAGCAAACCACUCGCUAGUAAGCUCAAGCAACAGGCCGCUUAUCACCCUAAGUUCCGUCAGUUCAUCGUCAAUUUCGCUCAGGCAAACCACAGAUUAACGACGACAAUGCAAAGGCGACUCUAUAGUCAUGCGACGGAUGUCGAGAUACGCCCUUUGAAUGAAGAGAAAGCCGUCCAGGCUGCUGUUGAUCUCAUUGGAGAACUCUUUGUUUUCACGGUGGCAGGAGCUGUUGUGAUCUUUGAGGUGCAAAGAAGUGCUAAAUCAGAAGCCAGAAAGGAGGAAACUCGUCGCCGUGAAUUGGAGGGUCUUCUGUUGGUUUUUCUUUUAACCCCUAAGAUGAGACAUCAGGAUUCAGGAGCAUGCAUAAUUCUAUUGCUUCACAUUUCAAUCUAUGAAAUGGUACUUGGACUUGGGGCAGUUAUAUCUUCAAAAUGACGAGAGAUCACCAGUACAAAAUAUUUUUGUUUCCUCACUUCUCAUUCUAUUAAGUUGCGCUUGGUGGUAACCACGCUGGCAGCCUGGCAACUUUAUAGAGCAGUAAUGACUAAUGAGUGCUGUGAAGGUCACUUCGGUAAUCAAUUAUUAUGAAAAAGAACUGUACCACUGGCAGCUAAUGUAAUCAUAAAUUUAAUAACUUAGGUAUGACUUUUCUUUUUUCUGGUUGUUGUUUCCUGCUCUACGCCUAACAUGGCUAUAUCUUACCCCAACACAGAAAAAGUGGUUGCUGGCUGGGCACUUUUACCUCUGUGCAUUCUUGCCUCUUAUAACUAUACUUGUCUUAAUAGAUGCAAGAGUUGGAUCUUCUUUUUUUCAAAAGGAAUAUAUGUAUACUUGACUGUUAAUGAGAAAAAGAAAGUGGCUUUACAGUGGUCUAGAAA